AUGUCGGCGGAUUUCCUGAAAUCCGACCCCGGCCGCCCGCCGGCCGCCCGCCCCUCACCUGGACCAGCUCCCCCGGGAACGCCGGGAGGGGCGCCCGGGCUCACCUGGGGGGCCGGGGUCAAGUCCUCUUCCGCUUCCCCCUGCGGCUUCGAGGAGCGGAAAGGGGGAGGGAGCUGGAACCAACAGCCCUGGGGCGCUCCAGACUGCGACCCAACCCCUCAUGCCUCAGUUUCUCCUUUUGCAAAAAGUACGGAUGCUCUUUUGCACGUUUAUCGACGCCCCCCACCCCCCCGAGCGGCCGGCGGGGACCGGGGCGCGCCAGCCCCUCCUCCCGGCCGGAACCUGCGGCUCCCUGUGACCCGGCGACCCUUCAAGCGGCCUCCUUGUCUGCUGGGGCGGGGCGACGGGGCUCCCGGGACGCUGGCACCUGUGCCAAGCAGGCCAGUGGGGCUCAGAGCCCCCGCCUCGGCUCCUGGAGAAAGCUGGGGAGACCUCCGAACCCCAGACGGAACAGUAUCCCUGUUUGCCUCAGGUUUUCCCAUCAAAUUGGAAAAGCGAGCGGCCCAGAGGCCUUGCUUACUGGGGUGGUGGGGGUCCCCUAGUCCCAGGGAGACACUGGGUUCCCUCAGGCCUUUUUCUGCGCUGGAAUGGACGGAGGCCACCCUAGUGCUGCGCCUUGAAGGUCCCCGAGGACUUCCUGGAAGAGGCCGCUGCCGGGAAGGGAUCCUGUCUGUUCUCUGCCUCCAUCCCCGAGUGGCCGUGUUACGGCAUCUGACCAGGCCCUCCUUGGUAUCCACGGUCGGCAGGUCCAAGUCCGGGCAGAGGCGCACAGCCAUGAGCAUCAAGGUGUCCCGGGCCGGGCCGGGGAUUCACCUGCCAGCCCCGCUCGCCGCAGCCCCCCCCUUCCCAGGCUGCCUCGCUCAGUGACGUCAACCCCGGUCCCGCAUCCCGAC